AUGACAAAGCGCUCCCCUUAUGAAUUUGACGAUACGGUGUCGUUGGCUACUGCGCAGCGAACGAGGAAGAAGAAGCGCCGAGAGAGCCCCAGCGAUCGUGAGAAUGAGGCCAACGAGGCGUGGCUGGCUUCAGUUCUGCACCCUGCGCAACAGAACGAUACACUUCGAGCAGAGGUUCAGCGCAAUCAGAUCGGUGUUCGAACACAACCAGAGGUGACGGUGAAGCGAGCAGAGCAAGCACAGUCUCACAUGAGUGUCGAAGUAUUGGAACAGAAGAAGAUGUUGUUGCCGUAUCUGGACAAGAUCGAGUACAUUAACUGCCAGCUACGACAGCGUGGGCUUUUGCCAUCUGAAGGGAGAUCUCUUGUUAAGAAGAGUCGAACGGAGGAGGUUCCGAAUAGUCAAGCUGGAAAGAAGCCAAUGGUAAAGCCCCCAGCACGGGCUCUUCCAGCAACGGUAGCUACGCGGAAUCAAGAUGAGCAGGAUCGGGAUAAAACCUCGGUUGCUACUUCAGUCAAGGUUUCGACUAGGAUGCUGCAGUUGCGAUAUCCACGAUUUUUCGAGGCGGUGGUGCAAACCAACAUAGCAAAACCCGUGUUACCCAGAGGACGCGGUAUCAAUUGGCUCCUUCGAACGAUAGAGGUGAUCUACAACGCUCUCGCAGACAACUUACUGAACAUGGGAAAUGGAAGAGGUGACACGGAACCUGCGUCUUCACUGAUGUUAGCGAAACCAAAGAACAGUUCUCAGCGUAGUAUGACCACGCCAGGCUGGUUAGCCAUGCCGUUCUUCGCUCGAAGGUUCAUUCACCACUCGUUGGGUCUGCCUGAAUUAGCCGACCAAGAGUGCAUGGACCUCAUGUACAACAUCGAGCUCACACGCGAACAAUAUCCCCAAGUGUCUCUAUUUGCUUCAUUCUUAAGGGAAAUCUACGACGAGGACACUCUGCUCUUCUUUUUAUUUGUACGGGGUCAUUUACAAGACGAAUUUGAUCUGGAUCUAGCAGCUAAAGAGAAGCAAGCGCAUUCCUCAAGAGCAAGUGGUUCCAAGAAAUACAUCGCAACAAAUUUGAUAGAGCUGCGCAAUCAUCCGUUAAUUCCAGACGGAACAAAGCAGGUUUUCCUCUCCAAAGCAGCAUGUGAAAGUGUAAUGUUGCGCGUAUUUGAGUCUUCACGACGUCUUCGAUACGAUGAAGCAUCAAGAAUUGCCGCUCCCAUCUUGCUGGCUCGAUAUAUUGUCCGUGAGCCGUUAGCAGUUCGACUCCAAGCUGAUGAAAGCCACUUGAUGGUAUCGGCAGAAGUCUUUCUAACGACAUUGGUUAAAAUGUUUGGAGAAGUUGCUGAAGAUAUUCUAGCGCAGUUUAAAUUCAACGACGACGGCGAAUCCUUGUCGAAUCUGAUCCGACUUCGAGACACCAUCACACUGGACUCAAAAGUCGAUAAGUUCGUGGGCAUGUACGCCGAACAAGAGCGAUCUCUGCGUAACCAGAAGAUCGAGUUAAUGAAGAUGGAACGUAGCAACACCGAUAACCAGUUUCGAGUACAUAUUCGUCUACUACAGAAUCAGAUUCGUCUACAGGAACAAGAACUUCAACAUAUUCAGAAAAAGAUCACGGAUGGUGAAAAUCUGGUAAAUAACGUUUGGAAAGAGGUGAUCGCCGUUAAAUCCCUUCCAAAGCAGUCAAUUGUACGAGGUACCAGUGAAGUUUAUUUGCCUUCAAAAGAGCUUAUCUCUGUUCUUGGGCGAUUUGAAGCGCAUAUUGGGAGAUUGCAGAGGAAACAUGAUAUUGCAGUGAAGGCGUCGAUGCUAUUGGCUGUACCAUGGCAACAGCAAAUGGAGGAGCUAAGACUGCGUAUGGUGAUCCGAAUCCAACGUGCCUAUCGAGCGAGAAAACGUUCUCAAGAAACAAAGCAAAAGGCACGAGAUAAACUGUCGGCGCAGAUCCUAGAACGGGAGAUCAAGCUGAAAAACCAGGAACUGGAGCGCAAACGGCUCGAAGCUGUACGUGAAAAGGAUAUGGAGCGUCAUCAGCAGCGUUUGAAGGCGAGAAAAGAGCAGGAGGACAAGCAGAAACGUGAACUUGAAGAAAAGCAAAAGAAACUGGUUAAAAAGGCUCGGGUACAAGAAGCCACACAACGUGCUGCAGCAAUGAAGAAGAAAGACCUCGUCCAUGUUAUGACUCAGUGGAAAUUCUUCGUAACAAGGAAGAAGAACCGACGCAAGGCCAACCUUUUGUUCAUAAAGUUCAAGCUCAUGAAGUGGAAAUUACUUGUGGUUCUACACAAGCGAAUGGAACGGGCAGCAAGGAUUAUCCAGCACAUUAUCCGCCGACGAAAAAAGCAAAAACAGCUUCGCAAGCUCAUAAAUACGCGUAUAAAGCGCACCAAAAUGGCCAAAAAGUAUCUGCUAAAGGUUCAGUCGCGAAUGAUGAACCGAACGUUCAACCAUUGGGCCGCUUUUACUAUUGAGCAGCAGAGACUUCGAGAUAAUUUCGCUGCAAUCGUUCAGCGUCGAGAAGGUCACUGGUUCCAGCGAUGGGUAGGCUUUAUUGACAUGAUGAAAACAGGGAAGUUUGAGGCGGCUAUCUUGAUUCAACGACAGUAUAGAGGGCGAGUGGCACGUCAAGUGUUCAAGUAUCAGCGAGAUCGACAUCGUAAAGCAGUCGUUAUUCAGCGGGUGUAUCGAGGACAUCGAGGUCGAGUCAUAGUGAGAAAGAGACGGCAGAUCAAGGCCACGCAGGAUAAAGGAGUGGAGGUGAUCUUGCGUCGCGUUAGGUAUCGACAAGCAGGUUUGUGCUUCAACAUGGUCGUCCGCUAUACGUACUGGGAGCGUCGCAUUAAAGAGAUGGCUCAAGCUCGAAAGAUUGUUACGAAGAGAACGGUUAUUCUGGCUUGGAGAGGAUUUGCAAGUUUGAAGAGAGAGAAGAGAGCUGAACGUCUGCGUCUGAGUAACCACAGUGCUUCAGUCAUUCAGCGAAACUUUCGUCGACAUCUUUGUCAAGUGGUUUUCAAGGAUACAUUGAGGAAUCAUCGAGCAGCAGUCACGAUUCAGCGUUUGUUUCGAGGCUUUCAAGGCCGAAACGCAGCGCUUCGGCGACGUUGGGAAAUGUACGCAUCGACUCGAAUCCAAACCGUUUGGAGGAGAUACAAGGCGAAGAAAUACGUGGCGGCUGUACGUACGGAGAAGAUUCUGCUAGCCACGUAUAAAGGAGACUACACGACUGUCAAACGCGCUAUUGCGAAUGGGUUCUGGCACGUCACAGACAAUGAAGGCAACAGUAUCCUUCACCUUGCAGCCGCUGCAGGACACAAACGCUUAGUGAAGCUCUGUCUGCGCAACUCGUUCGACAUCAAUGUCGUGAAUUAUCAUAACCAAACUGCAUUGCAUCUGCUACUUGCUAACUUACCUCCUUCGAAUGCCGUAUAUGAUGUGAGUGAUGUGAGAAUACGAGACGAACGAGUGGCGCUUGGAGAGUAUAUGAUCGAGCACGGAGCGUGGCAUGAAGCACCGGAUGAAGAAGGGUUUACGCCUCUCCUGCUGUGUGCUUCACUGGGUCAAAGUGAAGCUGUGGAUAUGCUACUGAACCAUGGAGCCAACACCGAAGCUAGGACGUCUGGAAGCAAUCUUAAUGCGCCUCAAUUAGCAGUUGAAGGAAAUUAUUCCGCCACACUCAAGGUCCUUCUAGAGUCUGGAAGCUUCGAUACUGGUGAUACCGGUCGCACUACAGAGUUCUUGCUACAUGCUGGUGCUGGGCGAGGCUUAGUAGACUGCGUUCGAGUGCUGGUUGCCCAUAUUCGACAACGACUUGAAGUGUUUGGUUAUGACGCGCUUGAUCUGUGCGACUCGGAGGGUUAUACGCCAUUGAUUUAUGCGGUUAGCAAUGGAUAUCUCGAUGUUACAGAGUGUCUAUUGGAAGCAGACUCUGGUCCUGACGUUAAGGAUUACUUUGGGCGUUCACCGCUUCACUUUGCGUUAAUUACCGACGAUGCAGAGAUUCGAGAAGCUCUUGUGAGCCUGCUUAUUCAGUAUGACGCGGAUGUUAAUGUGAAAGACACAGACGGCGAUGCGCCGCUGCAUGUGAGCUGCGUGGAUGAUGAUCGCCUGGCCUGCACCCAUCUCUUGCUCACAAACGGCGCUUUGAUCUGUGCCAACGCACUGGGAAACCAUCCGACGCACAUCGCCGCAUGCAACGGAGCAGUCGACACAUUAAAGUUGCUGAUUGAUUAUGGCGGAGAUAUGAACCUAAAAAACUACGACGGCAAGACGCCGUUGGGUAUGGCUCGUAUGAACGAUCAAGCAGCAGUCGUAGACUUUGUGGCUGCGUAUUUCGCACAGGAAUGUGCAGAUAAGAAGAAUGCAGACAGCCCGGAGCUUGAGCCGGUUGAGGACGAGGAAGGUAAUCAGGAAAGUCAUGAAAGACCUGAGAAUCAGAGUGAUGGUCAUCAUGAGCAAAAUGUUGAAGACGAAAAUCCCCAUAAGAACCGGACACUAUCGGAGUGGGUUGCGGCAGUCUCGGAGGCGUAUUGUAUGGGUUCUCUGGCGGAGUGGACGCAGUAUAUCGACGCAGCAACGGAGGUGCCGUUUUACUACAGCUUGGGGCCUUCAGGUGAGCACUUAUACACGUGGGACACCCCCGUAGAGUUCGAUGCAUCUAUGGGCGAAAUCUGGGAGAUCGUACGUGGUCCCUCGACAACAACUGCCCUGGACGAAGAACAGGAUCCGUCUGCGGUUGAUAGUAGGUAUUAUCUGUACCACAACCGGGUUACGGACGAACUCACGUCGACCAUUCCGCCUAUCAACUACGCACUGUUGCAAGACGUAGUACAGAAUUCCAAAAGCAUGAAAUUACUACGUGCUCGUGUCCGAAAAGUAUCAACCGAUGAACUCAGUGCCUCUGCGAUGGAAUACAUGCGUUUCUUCCGCGGGUUUGAAGAGGAGAGCGCUCAAAUGCGCAAGGAAAUGCGUGCUGCGAUCAAAAUCCAGCGUCACUUCCGUGCCCGACGAACACACUUGCUCAUCAAGGCUUUAUUACAUCAGAAUCGCUGUGCUGUACAUCUCCAACGCGCAUUCCGAGGGAGAAAAGCUCGUCGACAAGCCAAAAUGAUGCGAGUACAGCAAAUUGAGAUCGUGAAGAUACAAGCUCUCUAUCGUGGCCAUGCUACACGCAAACGAGAAGCCCGAGACCUUCGCUCUCAGCGCCAAUUGCAUCUUAAACGCAGACUCGCUGCACGAGACAUUCAACGUGUUUUUCGAGGCUUUAAGGGCCGUAAACGAGGGCAUCGUGAGAAGGUUAUCCAGAGACUUGGGCCCAAGAAUUACUUUGAAUGGGAGGCAUUAAGAAAGCGCUCAAAAGUGGUUCGAUCAUUUAAAGUUUGGGACGAGAUGGACGCACAACCAGAUUUCCCUGGCGUUCUAUUCUAUUGCCAUAAAGUGACACGUGCGUGUAGCUGGCAACAGCCUCCGCCUUGGAUCCAGCACGACCGAGAAGCUUUUGAAAAUCGACAACAACUGGUACGUUGGGGGUAUACGGAAAGAAUGCAACAAGCGGCUCAGAGUCUCCAGAGACUGUGGCGAACUCGCAUUGCUCGGAUUUCGUUCCAAAUGGUAAUGCGUGCAGUGAGACUAAUGAGGACGUGUGAGCAAGAGUAUCUGGAGGAUCCGACCCAUUUGGCUAAAAUGGCCAACUAUGUGUUGUACCUGCAUACUAUCACACAUGACUAUGAACGUGCACGACCGCUUUACGGAAGACUCUUGCGAGUGAUGGCACAGCGAGGGCCAGAUAUCCCGUUUAUUCUCUUCUCGUAUGGUAUCUUCCUGUAUAUUACGCAGGAAGAAGACACGACGCUAGUGGAAGAAAUGAUAUUGCGUGGUAAGAUAGCGGACCCGACGUUGGUUAAGUACAAAGUGGCAUUCUUAGGGUUCUUCCGGCAGGCAAUUCUCCAGAAUCCGGACGAUGCUGAAGCCCACAUCAACUAUGCGGCUUGUGUCCAAUGGCUUUACGAACAGUAUGAUGAGGCUACGAAUCAUUAUCUUAAAGCUCUGGCCUUGGCUCCACAACGUAAAGGAACCAUUGAGCUCUUUCAGAACAUGUUGGACUACAAGAGACGGAUUGAGCGAGCUAAGCUCACUCCGCGUAGUAAGAAAGCACUGACAAAACUGGAAGACGCUGGAGAGGAAGAACAGUUUGACGCCUUUGCACUAUUCCGACGGUGGCAGGCGAAACAGGCUGAAGAAGAAGAUCGAGCACGGAGAAUCAUCCUCGAAGCCGAGCAAGAUCUCGCUAUUAGGCAGACUGCAGCUCGCAAGAUUCAAGCACGAUAUCGUCGUCGAAAUGCCAUGAGGAAAGUGACUCGCCUUCGACUUGAGUACAAAUUGGCUGCGAUAAGAGCUGAAGAGGCUCAACAACAAGCGCUGUACGAUAGAAUUACUAUGGCAUUCGAAGAUAUACUGUCCAGCUCUACCAAGAAGAAAAAGCAGGGAGAUCCUACUCCUGUCUUGAGUCUUCCGGUCGCUCAGCUUGACGCAAUCUUCAUUUCACUAAAGAUGGAGUUCACCGAAGCUCAGCUGAACGCCGUAAGCGCAAAGUUCCGGAAGGACCAUCCAAAGCUUAAACACGUCAACGUCAUGGAUAUCUGCCGCUUUGUGCAAGCUCAGCCACUGCUACAAGAGAGACUUCCGACCAUAUUCCCGUCUACAGGCUCCAACACAUCGUAGGUAGAACAUGAAUGAGCCAGUGGGGCAAACAUUCUUUGGCAAUUCUCCCGCUGGAAGAUUGCAAUGCGAAGUUGAAGUUGUCGACGGUACCGAAUCUGAUUGGGCGGAAUUUUGAAGCAAAAAUGCUCUCGAAACGGAUUUUCAAUAGUAUAGCAUUAUAUGCGAUGUGUGACUAAAAAUGAGCUGCCGUUUGUAGAUGAGGACCAUUGGAGGGACUUCGAGGGAG